AUGAAAGGAUUCAGACAACGCGUGGUAAGUUGGCUCCUCGACGCCCGUCACCCCGUAUGCUGAAUGGCAGCCAUUGACAGCACGAUCAGCUCUCUCGCAGCAAGCGAGACGGUGAGGGCAGCAAGCUCUCCAAGAAGAAGGACUCGUCCUCCGGCACCGCUUCUCCCCAUGGAGGCUCCUCCUCGCAGUCGCCCGCCGGCUCAGCCCAAGCCACUCCUACGUCCUCGACUAGCAACCUCGUAGACUCGCGCAACAAGCCGCCGCCUGAUGGAGCGCCCACUCAAUCGCAUCCAGGCGCCCCCAUGCCUGGACAACAGCAGAUGAUUCCAGGACAGAACCAGUUCCAGCAGCACGGCGGUGCCGGUGGCCCACAAUCUGCGGGUCAGAAUCAGCAAGGCCCUUCGACGCCGGGCAGACAUGGCCUCGGCUCUCUUGCUCCCAGUGUAGUCAUAUCCCCAAGCGCUCCGGUUUGUUAGCCAUUGCGACAAUGUCCUCUCCGCACACCAACACUGACGAUACUCUAGCACGUUCCGCCCCCAGGUGCAGCCGAAACAAUGCCACACGAUCUUGCGCCACCAAAGGCGGGCCAGAAGAGCUUGUUGUUCGACAGGUUACAGGCCACUCCCAAGGACACAGUGCCUGAGGGGAUCAGGACACCCAAGCGACAGCACUCUUCACGCUUCGACAUUUCAGACCAGCGACAGCGCGAGCUCGAGAAACUCCCAGGCUUCCAUGAAGUGCCUCCCAACCGACGCCAAGAGCUGUUCAUGCAGAAGCUGGACCAGUGUAACAUCAUCUUUGACUUCAAUGAUGCUUCGGGUGACAUGAAGAGCAAGGAGAUCAAAAGACUAGCGUUGCACGAGCUCCUGGAUUACGUUGCGCAGAAUCGACAGGUCAUUUCGGAGCCCAUGUACCCUCGCGUGGUAGAGAUGUUCGCGAAGAACUUGUUCAGGCCUAUCCCGCCACCCAUGAACCCGCAAGGAGAAGCGUUCGACCCGGAGGAGGACGAGCCGGUCCUCGAGGUCGCAUGGCCGCACAUUCAGGUCGUCUACGAAUUCUUCUUGCGCUUCAUCGAGAGCCAGGACUUCAAUACCAACUAUGCGAAGCAGUACAUCGACCAUGGCUUUGUGUUGCAGCUGCUGGAGCUAUUCGACUCAGAGGACCCAAGGGAAAGAGACUUCCUCAAGACCACACUACACAGGAUAUAUGGAAAGUUCCUCAACUUGCGAUCCUUCAUCAGACGGAGCAUCAACAACGUAUUCUUCCAAUUCAUCUACGAGACGGAACGCUUCAAUGGCAUUGCCGAGCUCCUCGAAAUCCUUGGGUCGAUCAUCAACGGCUUUGCGCUUCCAUUGAAGGAAGAGCACAAGCUGUUCCUGACUAGAGUUCUGAUUCCGCUUCACAAGGUGAAGAGCUUGAGCAUGUACCAUCCGCAACUUGCGUACUGCAUCGUCCAAUUCCUCGAGAAGGACGCUGCACUCACAGAGGAGGUUGUCCUUGGCCUAUUACGCUACUGGCCCAAGGUCAACAGCACAAAGGAGGUGAUGUUCUUGAACGAAGUCGAGGACAUCUUCGAGGUCAUGGAUCCUGCCGAGUUUGCAAAAGUCCAGGAGCCCUUGUUUAACCAACUCGCGAAGAGUGUCGCCAGCCCGCAUUUCCAGGUAAGUCAUCACCUACGUACGUUCUGCGAAGAGAUUACUGACUUCGACAGGUCGCCGAGCGAGCGCUUUAUUUCUGGAACAACGAAUACUUCUGCAACCUCGUCAGCGACAACGUGGAUGUGAUUCUACCCAUCAUGUUCGCGCCGCUCUACGAGAACUCAAAGGGCCACUGGAAUCGGUAUGUGCAAGAAACAUACUAUGGCAGUGUGGUGUGCUGACUGCCUGUGCAGGACGAUCCAUGGCAUGGUCUACAAUGCCAUGAAACUCUUCAUGGAAGUCAACCCACAGCUCUUCGACGAGUGCUCCCAUGAGUACACCGAGCAGCAAAACAAUGCUGAAGCGGUCAAGGCAAAUCGUCAAGCCAAGUGGGAUCGCCUUACACAGCUGGCGGAACAGAUGAAGCAGAACGGUCACGCUCCUUCAGCGAGACCACCCCAGGGACUGGGCGGCUCCAAAGGCCCGAUGCGACCAGACGACGGCGAUCCAAUCUCGAUGAACCGCCUACGACUUGAAGAUGACCGGAGGGCGGAGAGGCAUACCAAUUCGGUACGUGGGUGA